GAGAGGUCACCUUCAAAACAGGAAUUCGCUCGUUUCUAGUUUAUGCUUACCUCCAAAAAGACUCCUCUUUAUGUGUCCGAAGCUCCUGCGAAGUUCUCCUACAUUCACCAAUCCCUCGAGGCAUUGUACUAUACAUUAAGAAUAUUCGAAAGAAUUGCUGAAGAAAAUAUGUCCAUAUCGAAAUUUUACGAAAGUCGUGAAGUAUUUGUAACGGGGGUAACGGGAUCUUUGGGAAAGGUGCUUUUAGAGAAAUUGCUAAGGUCCUGCAAUAAUGAAAAGAUUUACGUUUUAAUCAGAAGCAAGAAAGGAAUGCCAGCGGAAGAGAGGAAGAUGGAAUUGUUUCGUUCUAAAAUUUUCGAAAACAUUUUAUUGAAAAAUCCGGAAAUUACGAAUAAAGUGGAAUGCAUCGAAGGGGACCUCACAAGAGAGAACUUAGGACUUUCCUCGUGUCAUAUGAAUUUGAUAACAAAGAAUGUUUCGGUGGUGUUUCACUUGGCCGCUUCGGUUAAAUUCGAUGAACCUUUUCGCGAUUCGUUCGUCAAUAACGUGGAAUCGACGAAAAAUGUGGCCGAAGUUUGUCGUCAAAUGAAAAAUUUAUCGAUUUUCGGAAACAUUUUAUUGAAAAAUCCGGAAAUUACGAAUAAAGUGGAAUGCAUCGAAGGGGACCUCACAAGAGAGAACUUAGGACUUUCCUCGUGUCAUAUGAAUUUGAUAACGAAAAACGUUUCGCUGGUGUUUCACUUGGCCGCUUCGGUUAAAUUCGAUGAACCUUUUCGCGAUUCGUUCGCCAAUAACGUGGAAUCGACGAAAAAUGUGGCCGAAGUUUGUCGUCAAAUGAAAAAUUUAUCGGCAUUCGUGCAUACUUCUACAGCUUAUUCUUUCUGCAACAGAAAGGAAGUGGAUGAAAAAAUCUAUACAAUGGACAGAACAUAUGAAGAAUUUAAGAACAUUGCAAAACUAGAAAAUAUUGCUUCCUUAGAGAUAACAGACGAAAAUUUUUUGGAAAAUCGACCCAACACUUAUACUUUAACAAAGGCCAUAGCAGAAAAUUAUUUAAAUACUUUCUGUAGAGAUUUGCCUGUAGUAAUUGUAAGACCUUCUAUUGUUAGUUGUACUUGGAAGGAACCUUUUCCCGUGAGUAUUUCUAUUCUACGUCAAAAUACAUUAUACGUUUGGGUGUAAUCAGUACAUAUUUCUUUAUUCAGGGAUGGAUUGAUAAUAAUAGUGGUGUAGAUUACAUAGCUGGAACAG